GGCUCCUCCUGCCACUGGAAAUCGAAAUCGGAGCUCUCGGACCGGAGCGCCCGGACAUUAAACCGCUUCCCCGGAGUCUAGACCUAGCAGAUUCUCAGUGCAAUGCACUUUAGGCUUUAUUUACAUUUUUUGAGCUCAGCAGCGUGUAAGGAAGCAGAGGAAAGCGCUGCAGCUAGGUGUGUUUUUAAACAGAAACCCGUCAAAUGAACUCCGUCAGAGCGACUAACCGCAGACCCCGGCGAGUGUCGAGGCCGCGCCCGGUGCCACCGGACAGAAACAACGCAGAAAGAGAUGAGGAAGUUCCUGCCGAGAUGGUUGCAGAAGAAUCGGGUCAAGGUGCUCAAAAUAGUCCGUACCAACUUCGAAGAAAAUCUCUGUUACCGAAGAGAACAGCUUGUCCAACAAAGACCAACAUGGAGGGUGCUUCCACAUCAACAACAGAAAACUUCGGCCAUCGGGCAAAACGUGCCAGAGUGUCUGGAAAAUCACAAGAUCUGCCUGUCACUCCAGCAGAGCAGUACCUGCAGGUCAAGCUUCCAGACGAGGUGGUCCUCAAAAUCUUCUCCUAUCUGUUGGAGCAGGACUUGUGUCGAGCAGCCUGUGUGUGUAAGCGGUUUAGUGAACUGGCCAAUGACCCCAUCCUCUGGAAGAGACUCUACAUGGAGGUUUUCGAGUACACGCGUCCCAUGAUGCACCCUGAGUCUGGGAAGUUCUUCCAAAUCAACCCAGAGGAGUAUGAACAACCCAAUCCCUGGAAAGAGAGCUUUCAGCAACUGUACAAAGGCGCUCAUGUGAAACCCGGCUUCGCAGAACAUUUCUACAGCAACCCAGCCAGAUAUAAGGGACGAGAAAACAUGCUGUAUUACGACACCAUUGAAGAUGCUCUGGGAGGAGUUCAGGAAGCCCACUUUGACGGUUUGAUAUUUGUCCACUCUGGGAUUUACACAGACGAAUGGAUCUACAUCGAGUCGCCCAUCACAAUGAUUGGUGCUGCUCCGGGGAAAGUAGCAGAUAAAGUGAUCAUCGAGAACACGAGAGACUCGACGUUUGUGUUCAUGGAGGGAUCAGAGGACGCCUAUGUAGGAUAUAUGACGAUAAAGUUUAAUCCUGAUGAUAAAUCAGCUCAGCAUCACAAUGCUCAUCACUGCCUGGAGAUCACAGUGAACUGCAGCCCCAUCAUUGACCACUGCAUCAUCCGCAGCACCUGCACAGUGGGCUCUGCAGUGUGUGUGAGCGGUCAGGGAGCGUCGCCUACCAUCAAACACUGUAACAUCAGUGACUGUGAGAACGUGGGUCUCUACAUCACAGACCACGCGCAGGGCAUUUAUGAGGACAACGAGAUCUCUAAUAAUGCACUCGCUGGCAUCUGGGUGAAAAACCACGGUAAUCCCAUCAUCAGACGCAACCACAUCCAUCACGGUAGAGACGUCGGGGUGUUCACAUUUGACCACGGCAUGGGCUACUUUGAGAGCUGCAACAUCCACAGGAACCGGAUAGCAGGUUUCGAGGUGAAGGCGUAUGCGAACCCAACGGUAGUGCGCUGUGAGAUCCACCACGGACAGACGGGCGGCAUCUAUGUGCACGAGAAGGGCCGAGGACAGUUCAUCGAGAACAAGAUCUAUGCAAACAACUUUGCAGGAGUUUGGAUUACCUCAAACAGCGACCCCACGAUCAGGGGUAACGCCAUAUUUAAUGGCAACCAAGGCGGUGUUUACAUUUUCGGUGAUGGCCGAGGGCUCAUUGAAGGGAACGACAUUUAUGGCAAUGCAUUAGCUGGAAUCCAGAUCCGGACCAACAGCUGCCCGAUCGUCCGGCACAACAAGAUCCACGACGGACAGCAUGGAGGAAUAUAUGUGCAUGAGAAGGGUCAGGGUGUGAUCGAGGAGAACGAGGUGUACAGUAACACCCUGGCUGGUGUUUGGGUGACCACAGGCAGCACACCGGUACUACGCAGAAACAGAAUACACAGCGGGAAACAGGUUGGUGUUUAUUUCUAUGAUAACGGUCACGGUGUGCUGGAAGACAACGACAUCUAUAACCACAUGUACUCUGGAGUUCAGAUCAGAACGGGCAGCAAUCCUAAAAUUAGGAGGAAUAAGAUCUGGGGUGGACAAAAUGGAGGAAUUCUUGUUUACAAUUCAGGGUUAGGCUUUAUUGAGGACAAUGAGAUCUUCGACAAUGCCAUGGCCGGAGUCUGGAUAAAGACGGACAGCAAUCCCACACUGCGCAGAAACAAGAUCCACGACGGCCGAGAUGGGGGGAUCUGUAUCUUCAACGGAGGCCGAGGGCUGUUGGAGGAGAACGACAUCUUCAGAAAUGCUCAGGCUGGAGUUCUCAUCAGCACCAACAGUCAUCCGGUGCUGCGCAAGAACAGGAUAUUCGACGGUUUCGCUGCUGGUAUCGAGAUCACGAAUCACGCAACGGCGACGUUAGAAGGCAAUCAGAUCUUCAACAACCGCUUCGGUGGCUUGUUUCUCGCGUCCGGCGUCAACGUCACAAUGAAAGACAACAAAAUCAUGAACAAUCAGGACGCCAUUGAGAAAGCGGUCAGCAGAGGUCAGUGCCUGUACAAGAUUUCCAGUUACACCAGCUAUCCAAUGCACGAUUUUUACAGGUGUCACACAUGCAACACCACAGACCGCAACGCCAUCUGUGUGAACUGCAUCAAGAAGUGCCAUCAAGGCCACGACGUAGAGUUUAUUAGACAUGAUAGGUUUUUCUGUGACUGCGGCGCAGGGACGUUGUCGAACCCGUGCACAUUAGCAGGAGAGCCGACUCACGACACGGACACGCUGUACGACUCCGCUCCGCCUAUAGAGUCCAACACACUGCAGCACAACUGAAGACACGCUAGAAACUAUUCAAUUCUAUUUAACACGCGGAAACAUUCAGCUGUGGAUUCGGCUCACGCAGCCAAAGGUGGCGCCUCAGGAUUUGUGGGAUGACGAAUGAAAAAAAAAAGAGAAAUAAUAAGAAUUAAAAAAAACAGAGCGUGUGCUUCCCCAGUCUGAGCCAUAGAGGAGAGAAAGAGACUCGUAAACGCUUCCCUCGCUUCUACAUGUACGGACUAAACAAACAAAUCACCCAGCACUUCAGUUUGGCUUUCAUUUCCUUUAUUAUUAUUUUAUUUUUUAAAGGACUGAGUUACGGAGAGUUGAUUUUAAUGCUUUCUCAUGUAGUUUUGUAUUUGAGCAACAAUUCUUAAAUGUACUUGAAUGUCUUUUUAUUUUAUUAAGUAUAUUAAUUUUGUUUUUUUGGGGUUGUUUAUACCUUAGAUCGCUGUAUUUGUUCUCAUGUCGCAGGAUGUAUGUUCUUUCUGUGAAAGAGAUUUGAGGAAACAAAAAAGAAGAGAGGAAAAACACUAAGUAUUCUCCGGCAAUGUACGAGGAAAGAGUUUGAGCGUGCUUUCAUGAGGCUGACGAUUCGUUUAGAUGGAGUUCAGACCUGAAUUCUCUAAGCGAUUCUGAUGAAAGCGUUGUAUUUUCGCAUUUCUCUUCGCUCCGAGUGAAGGAGACAUUGCUGGAGAGAUUUUAAAGAGGCUUCUGGCUCAUUUGAAGCUCUGAUAAAUAAUCUGUACAGCUUUUUUUUUUGGUUUGUUUUGUUUUUUUUGUGCUCCCCUCCCUUCCCUCCAUCCAACUGUAUUUGGUGACCGUGGGUUCUCAUACAGCCUGAAUUGUAUGCAUGUUCCAUGACAUCUAGACUUAAUAUAUUGUGAAGUACUCAAUAACCAUUAUGUAGCUGUUAGUAAUUAAUCAAAAAGUUUAAUUUCCUAGUCAAAGAGGAACGUGUUACAUUUUUAAAAAUAAACUUUAUUAGAUCA